AUGAAUCGGGAAGAGCCCUCAUUUACCGCCGCAACGGAUACUCAGUAUUCGAAUCCAAAUCUCCAGGUGGGCGAACUUGCGGGGGAACGGGCCUCGAGUUCGUCGCAAUCAAAUGGGCCUCCUCCGAGAAAGCGAGCGCCGUUAGCGAGUGUUGCUUGCCAGGAUUGUAGAAGACGGAAAACGAAGCAAAUAGNNUGUGAUGGCGGAAAACCUUCUUGCAGCAAUUGUACCAAACGAGGCGUACCAUCAUGCACAUACGACCUCGAGCCCAACCAAUCCCGUGUUGCUGCUUACAAGCAGAAGAUCGAGCAACAAAUAUCGUCUAUCAAGAAGCUGGAAGAGGAAAUCGAGGUAUUGAAGAAGUCUCCUUUUCACUCUACAAGUGUGGUUCAGACACCAGUAUCUGAAGCAACCACCUCGUCGUCUAACAACCCUUCAGGCGGAGUCCCAAUGCGACUUCUCUUGAAUCCUGCUCCAGAGCCGAAUAGCGACUCUUCUGGUCAAAGGCCUUCAAAUACCUUUGCACCAUAUCUUCCGACUUCACUACCACCUGUACAGAAUGUCAACAGAGAAGCAGAAUUGUUAUACUAUCAGCGCAACCUUGAGAUCGAAAUGCGCAAACUCCAGGACGAGAAUCGCGCACUCAGGACGCUGAUCUCGUUACUCAAUUCGAUUGAUGACCGAGAUACCGCUCAAAGCAUGGCCAAAGAAAUUCACACCCAUGGCGUUUCGGAUGACCUGCUUUCUAGAGCUCAGCAUUUGGUUGCCUCGCAAGUAUGGAGUCCUUUGCUCCCAAACCUGCAAGACAAAGCUAAACUACACCCUCAGCGACGGCCUGGACGCAUCACAGAGAAUUCGUGGUCGGUGCCAUGA